AUGGAAAAACAUUCUUAUGGUCAACUAUAUCAUGCUCAAUUAGAUCUAAAGGAGGAAAAUCCUCUUGCAAGGUUAAUAUCCAAGGCCAAAUUAAUCACAUGUGAUGAAACUCCAAUGAUAAGUAAAGUUGUUGUUCUCGGAGGAGAUUUUAGACAAAUUUUACCUGUGAUUCCCAGAGGCUCAAGGCAAGAUAUAAUUCAGUCUUCUAUUAAUUCUUCAUAUUUGUGGCAUAACUGUGAGGUUUUGAAGCUUACAAAAAAUAUGAGAUUGUCACUAGGUGAAAAUAACAACAUACAAGAACUCAAAAAUUUUGCAAAAUGGCUACUAAAAAUUGGUGAUGAUUUGGCUGGUGAUACAACAGAUGGUGAAUCGAUCGUUCAUAUACCAUCUGACAUUUUGAUUAAGAACUCUAAGACAGCUUUGGAUGACCUCAUUGAUUUCGUGUAUCCAGAUAUGUUAUCCAAUUUAUCCGUUGAAAAUUAUUUCAAGGAUAGAGCAAUUCUUGCACCAACUUUGGAUUGUGUCACUGAUGUCAACAACAAGAUGACUACAUGGUUACCUGGACAAGAAAGAGUCUACUUAAGUUCAGACUCUGUGUGUGCUGAAGAGGGAAAUAUAGAAUUUGAGUUAGAUACUUUUUCGCCGGAGAUUCUAAAUGGAAUAAAUUGUUUAGGUCUACCACCACAUACACAAGUUGGUUCUGAAGGUUGGCGCUCCUGUUAUGUUGCUGCGGAAUAUAGACCAAACUAA